CUUCCCACCAAACCCUUGGAGGAGAUUCCCAUGCUCCCUUUCGCUUUUUCUGGAUUGAUUAUCAUUUUCUUUUGCCCCAUUCUGAUUUCCUCUCCUUUUCUCUUCUACCUUUUCUUCUAUAAAUUGCUCCCUUAAGCCUCUCUGCAACAUCCCCUUCUCCUCGUUUUCCUCUCCCCGCCUUUCAAGCCUAAGCCUUUUGUUCGCUGUAUUUCUGCUCUCCUGAAAUUCCUUUUGGGUUUUGACCUGAAACGCGCUAUAUUUUAAAUCUCUGGGACCAUCGUUUUGCAGAAAUCGGAGGCCAACUGCAGUCGGUUCUCUCUGCCAAAGGAAGUUCUUCCCAUGUUUCUAUACGCUGAUUUUUCGGUUUUUAACAUUUGAGACUCAUGUCUCCAGUCGUCAGUGAAAUACUUCGUUCCGGGUUUAUGAUAAAUUCUUCUCUGAGGCGCAGGACCCACUUAGUUCAGUCCUUCUCUGUUGUGUUCCUCUACUGGUUCUAUGUGUUUUCAUGAAUCUCUGAACAUCAUCGCGGUUCUGUACUAUAUGGUUGUUUAAAUAUUAUCGUUAACGUUAAAAUUAGCUCUGUGUCAUUAGUGUUUUCGGGUCCUGCCCUUGCGGCUUUAAGAUUUCAAAGCUAGUUUUUGGUCUCUCUGUUAGUAGCCAAGUAAUUUCUGAAAAAAUCAGUCUUUGGUGCACAUAUCAUAUCUCAUGGACUCGCCCAGUGGAAAUUCCUCCAUGUCCACCAAAUUUCAGAGCUCUGGGUCUGAAGAGGACUUGCAGGCUUUGAUGGAUCAGAGAAAAAGGAAGAGAAUGCAAUCGAAUCGGGAAUCGGCAAAGCGAUCCCGCAUGCGAAAGCAGAAGCACCUGGACGAUCUGAUGGGCCAGGUGAGUGAGCUUAAAAAGGAGAAUAGCGAAAUCCUCACGAGCAUAAACAUCACCACGCAGCACUAUGUGAAAGUUGAGGCUGAAAACUCCGUAUUGAGGGCUCGAAUGGCAGAGCUCAGCCACAGGCUCCAAUCGCUGAACGACAUCCUCAGUUACAUCAACACCAGCACGGGGGUGUAUGAAGCCGAUUGCUACUCAAUGAGAGCAGAUAACUUUAUGAACCCCAUGGACACGCCCUUGCUUAACCAGCCCAUUGUGGCUUCUGCAGACUUUUUUCAGUGGUGAGAUGAAUGAUCGUCUCCACCGCCUUGUCGUUCAGAACCUCGGAAUAUCUCCAAUUCUUGCUUUUCUUAUGUCGGUGUUAACGAGCGGAGAAGAUUUGAACCUUUUGGGCACUCCAGAUUCUUCAGUCCUGUGUUGUAUCAUGUCAGGUGUAAUGUGUCUAAUUCGUUGUCGGAAUGGAAGAUAAGCAGAAGGUAGUGGUUGGUGGUGUUGGUCAUGGCAGGUGGGGAUCUCAGUAAAGAUUAUUUCUGGGAAAAAGAAAUUAGGCCAGGGCUUUAAGUGCAGUGUAUGUGUUUUUCUUUCUUUCUUUUUCCUUCUUUCAAGUAAUAUCUAUGUAUGGAUUGAUGCCGAUGGGCUUUUCGAUGUAAAAAUGGUUAUUAUCAAUUGUCAUUGUCAUAUUAUGUCCAUAUUUUUCAA